AUGCGGUUUGACAGGGCUAUGGGAAAUCUCAAGAAGAUUCGGAUGGGCCUUGAGGGGAAUCUGGGAGAGCUCAGAAGAUCCCUGAUGGGGUUUGAUGGGGCUUUGGCUGCUGCUGCUGCUGCUGCUCGUUCUCCCUCCAAUCACGCACGUCUUGCUGCUCUUGCCCCCGUCCCAACUCCAACCUGGGCUUUUUCCACACGUGUUCCCCCUCCUGCACAGCACCCCCUACUCUCUCCUGCCCAGCACCCCUAUCCCUCCCAACAAGACUGGCUUGCCAACCUUCCACGUUCUCAUCCAGACCACGCUCUCCCGUCCCCCCAAGGGGUUCUUGUGCACUCUCAAAACCGGCCUCGGGCCUCUCCACCCCGCCUGCCUCCGCUCCACCCGACCUCCAUAUCCGUCCAAGCCUCUCACCAGACCACCAACGCUGCGCUCCCCUCUGCCCUUCCUGCUCCUGCCGCUGCUGCGCCCCUUCCUUCCUUUGUCCCUCCCCUCCCUGUCGCUGUUGCAUCCUUUCCUCUCUCUGCUGCUGCCAAACCAUCCGCUCUUCCUGCCCCUGCCGCUCCUCUCGCCCCUUCUCCACCCUCUAAGUCAUGGUCAGCACCAGCUACUGUUUCCUCUGCGCCCCCAACUGCUCCGCCAGCCAGAAGCGACGCACCAGGCGAUUUUUCAGAAGAUGUGUCAGAAACGUUGAGGUCCAUCGCAGGGGGGCGCAUCUCCUGGCCACAACAGACAGAGGAGGAGGAGGAGGAGGAGGAGGAGGAGGAGGAGGAGGAGGAGGAGGAGGAGGAGGAGGAGGAGGAGGAGGAGGAGGAGGAGGAGGAGGAGGAGGAGGAGGAGGAGGAGGAGGAGGAGGAGGAGGAGGAGGAGGAGGAGGAGGAGGAGGAGGAGGAGGAGGAGGAGGAGGAGGAGGAGGAGGAGGAGGAGGAGGAGGAGGAGGAGGAGGAGGAGGAAGAGAAGAAGAAGAAGAAGAAGAAGAAGAAGAAGAAGAAGAAGAAGAAGAAGAAGAAGAAGAAGAAGAAGAAGAAGAAGAAGAAGAAGAAGAAGAAGAAGAAGAAGAAGAAGAAGAAGAAGAAGAAGAAGAAGAAGAAGAAGAAGAAGAAGAAGAAGAAGAAGAAGAAGAAGAAGAAGAAGAAGAAGAAGAAGAAGAAGAAGAAGAAGAAGAAGAAGAAGAAGAAGAAGAAGAAGAAGAAGAAGAAGAAGAAGAAGAAGAAGAAGAAGAAAAAGAAGAAGAGGAAGAGGAGGAAAGGGAACAUAACAGGUGCGAGAGGAGCAUAG